UGGGCUGGGCUUGGUGGCUGGUUGAGAAACACCGACACUGACUGCCUUGAGAAGCAGUGAAAACCACAGUGUCCUGACUGACUGCUUCCACCUUAUGAAUCGUUUACGAUGGUGACAUUAUCAUCGAAAGGGUUGGAUCCCAAAUUGUGAUUUGAUGGAAUUGAAAUCUACGUCUUGCGAGGAAGGAACGAAGAAGGAUUCUUUUUACUAGGCAGCUAGUUCCACUAAUGAACGGGUAAGAAGAGUGAAUAUUGAGGGUGGCUGUGACUGGAGAUUGCUUUAAUAAGCAACUACUUCUCAGAGGAAGGUUUUUGAGUCAUGAUGCAAGAAUCUGGAACUGAGGUGGCAAAUAACGGUUCACCUAAUCAGAACAGGGCUAGCAGUGGGAACCACUACUCAGACAGUAGCGUGAGGGACGGGAGGUCAAAUGGUGACAUAUCCUCCAUUGAAGUGACCACCGCCGAUAUCAUCCAUCUCCAACAGCAACAGGCUCUUCAAGUUGCAAGACAGCUCCUGCUGCAGCAACAAGCCAGCGGGUUGAAGUCUCCCAAGGGAAAUGACAAGCAACCGACCCUACAGGUUCCAGUAUCAGUGGCUAUGAUGACACCUCAAGUGAUAACUCCACAGCAAAUGCAGCAGAUUUUACAGCAACAGGUCCUGACUCCCCAGCAGCUCCAAGCUCUGCUUCAGCAGCAACAGGCUAUCAUGCUGCAGCAGCAGCAGCUUCAGGAGUUUUACAAGAAACAGCAAGAGCAGUUGCAUCUACAGCUUCUGCAGCAACAACAUGCUGGGAAACCAACUAAAGAGCAACAGCAGCCGUUGUCUCACCAGUUGGCUCUCCAGCAACAACUUUUACAAGUGCAACAACUGCAGCAGCAACACAUCAUGACAUUGCAGCGCCAAGGCUUGCUCACAGUUCAGCCAGGACAACCGACUCUCUCUCUGCAAACACUGGCACAAGGCAUGACUCCAACAGAAUUGCAGCAGCUGUGGAAGGAAGUGACUGCAGCUCACAUAAUGGAAGAAAGUAUAACCAAAAAUGGCGGCCUAGACCUUUCCACAAGCUCAAUUUGUUCUCCCUCAACAGCAACACCUAAGACCUCAACACCAGGAUCCCUGAUGAACGGACAGUCCAUGCUUCACACUCCAAAAAGGGAAGGGUUAUCCCAUGAGGAACAGGCGGGCAAUCAUCCAUUGUAUGGCCACGGUGUGUGCAAAUGGCCUGGCUGUGAGGCAUGCUGUGAUGACUUUGGACAUUUCUUAAAACAUCUCAACAAUGAGCAUGCACUUGAUGACCGAAGUACAGCACAGUGUCGAGUGCAGAUGCAGGUUGUACAACAGCUGGAACUUCAGCUUGCAAAAGACAAAGAGCGCCUGCAAGCUAUGAUGACACACCUGCAUGUGAAGUCAACUGAACCAAAACAUACCCCUCAGCCUAUGUUUCUGAUGCCUAAAAUCAAGGGGCUGUGUUUGGCCAUUACCAAGAAUAAGCUGAACCUAGUGUCGAGUGUCACAUUGUCAAAGACUGCAUCUGAAGCAUCUCCGCAGAGCUUACCUCACACCCCCACCACACCGACAACCCCCAUUACCCCUGUCACACAGGGAGCUUCUGUUAUUACCCCAACCAGCAUGCACAGCAUGGGGCCCAUCCGGAGGAGAUACCCAGACAAAUACAAUGUGCCAAUUUCCUCAGAUAUUGCUCAGAAUCAAGAGUUCUACAAGAAUGCAGAUGUUCGACCUCCAUUCACAUAUGCUUCUUUAAUAAGGCAGGCAAUUCUUGAAUCUCCAGAAAAGCAGCUAACACUAAACGAAAUAUAUAACUGGUUUACACGAAUGUUUGCCUACUUCAGACGCAAUGCAGCUACGUGGAAGAAUGCAGUGCGCCAUAAUCUUAGUCUUCACAAGUGUUUUGUUCGAGUAGAAAAUGUUAAAGGGGCAGUAUGGACAGUGGACGAAAUAGAGUUCCAAAAACGAAGGCCACAAAAGAUCAGUGGCAACCCUUCUAUCAUAAAAAAUCUACAGACCAGUCUUGGAUAUGGCUCACCACUCAGUGCUGCUUUACAGGCUUCAAUGGCUGAAAAUAACAUACCUCUGUACACUACUGCUUCCAUGGGUCAUCCCACUAUAGCCACCAUGGUGAGUAAUAUCCAUGAGGAGCUAAAUGGUGCAGUGGAGCAUGCAAAUAGCAACGAGAGUGACAGCAGUCCAGGACGUUCUCCACUGCAAACUAUGAGAUAUGGCUUUCCCCUGGACUCACCAGCUUCUAUCUCAGCACAGCUGAAAUCAGGAAUUCACCUUAUGAGCAACCCCAGGUAUCCUAUCCAUGUUAAGGAGGAACCUGUGGAUGCAGAAGAGAUGGAGGAGGGUCCACUUUCCUUGGUGACAACAGAAAACCAUAGUCCAGAGCUGGACAAUCACAAAGAAUAUGAAGAGGACCAAGGGAAUGAAGACAUGGAAUGAGCAUGUUUUCGUCAUUUCCUGAGAUGAAGAUAUAUAUUAAAAAAAAGAGCGAAAGUUUGUCAGACUUACUUGUGAGAUCUCUCCAUAGUGUGGCAAGUUUGGAGGAGUUUCAGUCCCUUUUUUGACAAAAGUAAUGAAAUGUUUUAAAACGACUUUUAGUGCCAUUGAGUAUCCCGUUGGGGGAGAUGUUUCUGAUUUUUUUCUACUUUUUUUGUUGGAAAAAAAGGAAUUUGUAUUCUACAUACAUUGGAUGGACUUGUUUGGUACUUGGGAAUUUCCUCUCCUGAAGUCAAUGUCAGUGUUGAAAGUUGCUGAACUGUGCAGUCAUACACACACAGACUUUGGACUGCAGUCCUGCCAAGUUGGACUCGUGGGUGA